UUAAAAAAUCAUCAGUGAAAGUUUGUGUUGUUUUCUACAUUAUUAUAUAUUAUCAGAAGUGAUUUUGGAUUUCUGAUCAAAAUUUUACAAGAUGAAUAUAUUCAGAUUAGCUGGUGAUAUGACCCAUCUGGCUAGUGUUCUUGUCUUGCUUCUGAAGAUCCAUACCAUCAAAUCUUGUGCUGGUGUUUCUUUGAAGACACAAGAACUCUAUUCAAUUGUUUUUGUGACUCGUUACUUGGAUAUCUUUACGGAUUUCAUAUCUCUUUAUAACACUAUCAUGAAGCUAAUAUUCCUCAGCAGCUCCUUUUCAAUUGUUUGGUACAUUAGAAGUCACGAAAUUGUCAAAAGGUCGUAUGACAAGGACCAAGAUACCUUCCGACAUUGGUUCUUAGUACUGCCUUGCUUAGUCCUGGCUUGUCUUGCCAAUGAGAAAUUCACUUUUAAAGAGGUCAUGUGGACAUUUUCCUUAUACCUAGAAGCAGUUGCUAUCCUUCCCCAGUUAGUAUUGUUGCAGAGAACUAGAAACAUUGACAACCUCACUGGACAUUAUGUAUUUCUUCUUGGAGCAUACCGCGCAUUGUACAUCCUUAACUGGAUUUAUCGUUACUUCACUGAGACUCAUUAUGUCCACUGGAUACCAUGUGUCGCUGGAAUUGUUCAGACAUUGUUGAAUGCCGACUUCUUUUACUAUUACUUCCAGAGCUGGAGAAACAACAGUAAACUUCAGUUACCAGCUUAAGCACUUCCAAAAUCAUGUCUAUGGUGCUAUCUAUAUCACUGUUAGAAACAUACGGCUAACAAUUCACUCGCUGCCCAAGAUGUUCGAUGCUCAUGAACGUGUUUACUCAUUUUGCCCGGUUACAUCUUGUAUCGGGUUUUUGCUACUCAUGGAACGUUGUAUACGAUCCGAUAUCAGACUGCUUUUUCUUGUAAAUACUGGUAGAUGUGGUAGUUGAUGGAGAUUUUGUGGACAAAUUGUAGAAUUGAGCAAAUAAGUUGAU